GUCGCCCUGUGCGGGUUGGCGCAGGAGCAGGGCAUCGCCGCUCUACGGGCGUGCCUCGCCGACGCCCGCGGCGAUGAGACACUUCGCUUCACCGAGAUCACUUCUGCCAUGGCACGUCGUGCUGUCGUGUGGGGCGAUUCCUCGGCGUGGGGUGACAUAAAGGUUGUUCUCCAGACUCGCUUGGCCCCCGGCUCUCGGCCGUUGCCAUCCGAAGUCAUGUCCGUCUGUGCUGCCCAUUUCCGCGAUGCAGAUUUCAUCGUUCCCGACCCCAAGGAGGACGCUGUCAUUGUCCACGGUGGGCUGGACAACGGGUACGGGUCCGCGGAGGAUGGGUGCCACUUCUUGCCGCUGCUCCAUGUCGACGAGCACCGCCUGUUGCCCCCGUGCUCGUCACCGAAAUGGGCCGACAUGGUGGCGGCCGUCGCCGCUCGCAGUGGUGAUCUCGCGCUGGAGUCGCGCGUCCGUGACGGGGGCGACUGCUGCUUCCACGCGCUUCUCGUCCUCCUGCAUUUCCGGGGCGUGCUCAUGCUCGCGCCGAGCGGCGUGUCCGCGGCCCCGGGGGGAGCGAGUGCCGGUCUUCGCGUCCCGGACCCCACGGGCGAGAGCGUCGCCGCAUUGCAGGCCAAAGUCGAAGGGCUCCCAGAGGACGAGGCAUCGAACGCGAUCGAAGAGUCCCUGUUUCCUGACAUCGUCUUCGAGGGUUUUAAGACGAAGGGGGAGGUCUACGAGACAGCGCGCCAGAGGGUCAUGAAGGCGUGGGAGGACACCCGGUCUCACCGCCAGAUUGCCAGCGAGCUGGAUUUCGAUUUGCGCACCAUUGCGCCGAAGCUGUUGGCGGACGCCGUGCACACCGCAGCAAUGGCCCGGGGUCUCUCUGCGGAGGCGCUGCUCUCCGCCGUGGAGUGCAACAUGGGUUUCAUCGAGGCGCCCGGAACAGAGCUGACGCACUUGCGGAUGUCAGGCCAUUACAUUUCCCCUGGCCAGCCCCUCUUGAUCGGCAGCGCGUCCUCCACGCGGAAGUCGGCCUUGAUGCAGUGCACGGACAAGUGGUUGACGCAUGUCCCGGAGGCCUCCCCUGUUUUCAAAGACAAGUUGGUCAUGAACACGGACUGCACCACGAAGGGCAUUCGGAAGCAGCUUGAAGAACACGGCCGGUGCGGCAUCUCCAGCGACGAGGCCGCAAACACGUUCCAGACGCCCUUCAGCGACGUGGAGUCCGGGGUGCACUAUCUCAGCUGCGCGAAGCUUAACACGUGGACGCAGAGCGAGCACGACGGACCGGCGACUGGCAACGGCAAGGUGUCUUUGGACACUUACAAUUUCAUGCUCAAGUGCGCGGGCCAGACAGAGGUCGUCGAGUUUAUCGUCAUGCCGAAAGUGCACGGGUUCCAGAAGCGCAUGCAGACGGACGCGCGCGCGGACGACGGGGUCGAUUCCGAACAGAGCGACUCCUUCAUCGAGCGUCUGCACGGGUGGAUGCACGAGCAUUGUUCUGAUGUCGCCAGCGUUCUCUCGCUCGACGGCUUCGCCUACACCAUAUACCGUGCUGCGAAGCAGGCUUUUGAUGAUAUCUGUCAGACCGUGCCAAUGCCGCCGGCAUUCAAGACGAAGUUGAAUUUCCUUCACAGCGACUUGCUUCGCGCAACGCACCGGGUGCACCGCGGGAACCAGUUCGCCAGGCAUUUCAUCGCCCGGCAUGCUGCCCAGGGCGACGACGCCCUGGCGCCGCAACCGCCUUUUGAUUCUGCUUGCGGGUGUUGUCUUCCCAGUGUGAACGAAAUCACGAUGGGGCUCCACAAGGUUCUCCGCCAAAUUGAACUUCACUUCGGGCUGUGCCGCUUCCACGUCGCCCACGCUGCCGAGGGCAACCAUCGCUCCGGCGCCGACGGCAGGUGCGCAGGCGGAUCUUCGGCGGCCGUGCUGGCCGCUCCUGACGUCGCGGAGAUAGCGAUGAGGGCCCUCAUGCCGUCCGAGCUGACGCGGCAGUUCCUGCUCACUCGCGCUCCCAAGGGGCAGAUUUUCACGGAGGCGGAUGCGAGGCAGUGGCUCAGGAAUAAGAGGGACACGUGGUUCAGAACGGACCUGGCAAAGAAGAUCUCCGACGGCUUGACAGCGCUGGUCGCGGCUGAUCUCCUGGACAGGGUCGCGGACUCCGCCGAUGCGGGGGACUCCGCGCAGAGGGCCAAGGCGGCGCAAGGCAAGCGCAAGGGCAACCCCAAGGGCAAGGGCAUGUUCAAGAAGCGCAAGCUCGAGGAGAUCGUUGCGGACGCAGAUGCCACGGAGGAACGCAAGCGCCUGCGGGUGAGCACGAGCGAAUUCGAGUGA